AGAGGAUUAAGGAGAAGAGGGGGAGGGGCGCAGAUGGAGGGCGGCGUUGUGGCUCUGGAGAAGCAGGCGUAUAAAAAUGGCAGGGUGGGGUGGGCGAGGAAGGGGCUUUUUAGGGUAGGAAGGGGGAUACUGUGUGAAAACUAAGAAAAAGGAAUGGAGGCGAGGAGAGAGUUUGGGGAAUCUGAAAGUGGGCUCCGAGAGUAGGCGAGGCCGGGCAGGGAGUUUCUGAGGUAAAAGUGGGUGGGAUUCAAUUUAAGUAUUACUCAAGAGUUGACCCGCUGAAAACGAUGAACAACUUGUGCCCAUUAAUUUCCAUGGGUCCCCCUCCCCACUCUCUCUGAGUUGGGUUCAUGGUCCAGCUGGGGUUUGGAUGGGGGCGGGACACGUUUCUGGUCGCUAUUUUUCUUGCCCUUAAAGGCAUAAUAUCUGCGCCAGCUCAGUGGGUGCCUCGUUGGUGAGAAAAAGCAAAGGGGUUUCGGCAGGGGUUGUGGAUCUUCCAGCUCAACCUCCUCGCUGGCUCCUUGGAUCUGUCCUUGGGUUAGCUGUAGGGGAAAUGGUCGACACUUGUCAGUAAGCUGCACAGGGAGAUCCAGCAGAUCCAAGCAUUUCCAACCUGCUUUUUCUUUGCCUCUGGAAGCUUGCGCUGCUGGAAUCGCCUGCUGCUGCUUAAUGAGAGAAACCUGCCAAAAUACUUUGGAGGAAGUGAGGAGCACUAUGGGGAUAAAAUGGCUUUUGAGGGCCGUAGAUGCAGCAGGAGCCUAGAAUAGGGAGGAGAACCUAAAUAUGGAGGGUGUGGGAUCCUAAUCUGUGGAGCUGUGGUCCUUUUAAACUGAUGCCAGAACCAGCAAGGCCAGGAUGGAUUUUAUUUCAUAGAAUUAAUACACCAUUUGAUUGUUUAAAAAAACCACAACAACCCUCAAAGCAAUUUACAAAAAGGUAAUCCGGUAAAAUGAAGAUGAAUUCACAACCCUACUUUAAAACAUACAUAAAUUAAAAUACUAAAACAGAUUAAAAUUACAGUGCUUCAAUUUUCCAAGCAUCUGGGUAGGUGUGUCUAAACUGGAAUGGUUUUAGCAGGUGCUGAAAAAGAGUACAGGAAAGGCGCCUGCUUGAUGUCAAUUGGCAGGGAGUUCCAAAGUGUAACUGCCAUGCUAAACAAUUGAGUUCUUACAAAUGCGGAACGGGGAUUAUGUGGCACCUGUGGCAGUGCCAAUUCUGCCGAUUGAAGCGGCCAAGUAGAUGCUUGAAGGGUAUGACCUCAGAGAUAAACUGGUCCCAAGUUAUUCAGGGCUUUAUAUGCUAAUAUGAAUAUGCCUUGAGCUUGGCUCGGUAGCAAAUCAGUAGCCAGCGCAGAUUCCCGAGUGCAGGUGCUAUAUGCUGACAUUGCCUUGCCCCUGUCAGCAAUUGUUCUGCAGCAUUCUGCACCAACUGCACCUUCCGAAUCAAGCGCAAGGGAAGCCCCACAUAGAGCACAUUGCAGCAAUCCAGUCUUGAAGUAACCAACGUGUGAACUACUGUGGCAAGGCCUCAUGGCCCAGGAAUGACUGUAGCUCUCGAACCAGGCACCAUGGGGGUAGCCAGGGUUUAUUUUAGGGGGGCAGCCAUCAUGCUGGGCGGAGGGGGCAAACCCAAGAUACAGUAUCUGCAAUGCAAUUGGUCAGUUAGUUAAGUAUUUUUAUUUCUUUACACCCAUGCCAGCCGCAGUUGCUAAAAUGCACUUCUAGCCACUGAGUCUCCAAAUCAGAGAACUGGAUCCAGAAGCACUCUCAAACUAUAGGGAGCAGUUGAAUCCUAGUUACCAUAAAUUUCGAGAUGGGGAUGUGGAAGGAAGGAAUUAGUCAUGAGAUGUUUACUGCAGUUUUGCUUCAUGUCAGCUCCACUUUGAUCUUGUUAUUCCCCUUUUUCUUUCGUUCACGUGACUGCCUUAGCCCACAACUCUAAUGGAUUGUCGUGCAGUCGCUGCUGCUGCUGAGUCCCCACACCCUCCUGCUUUUUCUCAUCCUCUGCUGUUAUCUUCUCUCCUUCCCAGCCCUGACCUUUGCUCUAGCCUGUUCCUGCUGAGAUGACGAUAAAAAAGAGUCAAGGAUGCUCCCCAAAGGCUGGACUUCACCCCCACAUUGCAGGAGAACGUGCGAGAUCAGCAGAGAUAGCAGAGGGAGAAAUGUGCCAAGCAAGGGGAAGUGGGGACAUUGAACAGAAGGUGCGGGGGAAGAAGGAAGAGGAAUAGUACACAGGAAAAGUGGGGGCACACAAAAUCCUGUCAUUCUGUUCUCUCCCCCCCCCCCCCCCGUUUUCAAGUCUCUUUUCUGAUUUUCCAGAUUUGGAAGUUGAGGGGCUUCCAAAAAAACAGGUCCAUCAAUGGAGCAAAAUCGGCACUCCUGCCCCUUUUUAAAAGGGGAUUACAGUAUAUUGGCGGUGCACACACACAUCAAGCUGAGUAGGGAGAAAGAUUAAGAUCGUUAAUAGACGCUUUUGAGCAAUAAACAGAUAAACUGAAGCAUCACCACAGUGAAUGGUAGCGGCCCAGGGGAGCAGAGGCGGAGGAACCCGUUUCCGGAAACAUCGCUAUUAUUUGCAGAGAACAAUUUUGUCAGUGUGUGCCCUUACCGAAAGGCUUGGAGUGAAUGUCAGCACAGGGUACUUUACAAGACUUGGCGGGGGUGGGAUGAACCUAAACUGAUGUUCUUGCAAUCUGAAACGUAACAAGAGGGAGCCACAGUUGCAGGGGUGGAGGAGGAAAAGAAGAGAUUGGUAAAGCUCUGGAUUGGAUAUGAGUUUUGUGAGGAAAUCCAGCAGCGUGUAAACUUGGCAUUGCGUGCUUACAGUAUUGCAGAAAAGUAUUGGGGUUAACUAAAGGAAAGCUUUAUUUUUAAAACUUACAUCCCGCCCUUCCUCCAAUGACUCCAGGGCGGGUCAUAGUAAUAAAACACGCAAAUAAUAUAAUGCACAAUAAAACAAUGCAGCAAAGUUAAGUUUGAUCUGUGACCUAAAAGCUUACGUGGAGAAAAAGAUUGGAAGGGGGUGUAGAAAGAGGAAUACCAGUACAAUAGUGUGAACAUAUUUAUGUAUAGUGAGAAUUCUUUGAAAUUGUGCAAUGAAAGAGUUGGUCAUUUCUUUCGGAAAUGAAAGGCACCCGUUAACCUGAGGAACUAUGUCACGUGGUCCCACGACGAUAUGGAAUAAUGUAGCAGUUGUUGGGGCUAGAUUCCAGAGCGAUCAGAUAUGUUUCCACGGGGGUCGCGGAUUAUGGUGGAUCAAUCUGCUCAGGUAACGAGCUGGUGUCUCGCGGGUUAGGCUCAUGUCGACUAAUGCGUGUUCCCCACCCCCUGCAACAGCGGACGGGGCACCUUUGAUACUAUUAGAAGACGAGACCGAACAAGGCAUAACUAGAGCCAGUGGCAUCGGAAGGCGAGCGAGAUCCCAAAGCGACAACACGACCAGUUUCCGUGGAUGAGUUUUAAGCGGAGAGGUAAGGCGAGAGGGAGGAGGAGUCUGUCUCUGCCUCUCCUGGAGCGGAGAAUUAUCUCCCCCCGCCUCGCCCCAGGACCGGCAGCGGCUGGUUCAGCACAAGAGCAGGGGAAAGAAACUCAAGAGGGAGAAAAACAAAUGCAGAGCAGAGAAGCUCGAGAGCUGGUCUGCGAGAAGGAAUGAGAAGCCGAGAGACCUGGUGGGGAGAGAAGCUCAGCUGGGACAACAAAACCGGCGAAUCAACCAUCAAAGCGAGAGAAACGCUGUAAUGAGAAACCACCCUGGCACCUAGAGCGAUCCCUGUCCAAACUGAGCCACAAGGAAGAUCUAGGGAAAUCUUUUUAGAACAAGUGCCACUGAUCAGAAUAAAACUGUGGUAGUGGGUGUGCGGGAGCUGCACAAACAAGAUCAAACCAGUCGGCUUCCCCUGCACUGUUGUGCGGUUCUCCUCCUUCCCUUCAGGGCAAACUACAAAAGAAGAAACGGCAACAACAACGUGGGAGAGGAAUCCCACAUCGUCUGCACCUGUGAUUUGGAGCGGAAAAUAUCUAGUACUUACUGCAUGUGAGAGAGGGUCAGUUGGAUAUCAGAACCAAAGAAAAUCUAGCCGCCGACACCCAGAUCAAAGCUGAUAGAGAGACCUAACUCAGUUCUAACAAGGUUGGUGCUAGAACCAAAGCAAAUCCAGCAUUUUCUGGUAUUAGAAAGGAAGUUUCUAAUCAGGAAGAAGAUAGAACUAAUUUGCUUCUAGAAGAGAGACAGCAGAUCUGGCCAUCACCUGAAGCACAGACUGGGACAUCCCGACUCUAAAUAUUUCAGACAGAGAUCCCCAAAGUGGACUGGCAGAGCAAGACUAGGAACAGGUAUACUGUAAUUUGGAGCUGGAAAGUUUGCAGAAGUCCAUUUUCAAAAGAUUCAAGCCUGUAACUGGAUCAGCAGACACAGAGUGAAUCCAGAGUCAUUCCAGUUCUAGGAGAGCCAUCCACAACCUCUAACCCAUAGUUACUUGGUGCUGACCAGUUCAACACUAUGGAGGAUGGAGCACGUCAUCGAGGUGGUUCCGAAAAGGGUUCGGAUAGCCCUGAAAAAACAGAAGAAGGUGGUGUUGCACUCAAGAAAGAGAUUGGGCUGAUGAGCGCAUGUGGCAUUAUAGUGGGUGAGUGGGGACUCUGGUGGGAUGUUAUUUUCCCUGUUUGCCCUGAACUGGACAAUACUAUCUUCUCAUAUUCUUAUAACAUUGGGUGAUAUUCAUCGUCCCCUAUAACCCAGGAAGCAGAGGUCCUGCUACGACCCUCUAUCUUAGCCUUGGAUCUUCUGUCUUUCCUGUAGCAGUGAUUAGCACCAUGCCCCAACUUGGCUAGGAGGCUUGUGGCUCAUAUUCUGCAGUUACCAGAAUGAGGGAUGAAAACCUUCCUUCUCUUUAUUUAUUUAUGCUCCUUUCUAAAUUUAGCCACCAUUUCUUUAUUUCCCCUGUUUGUCUUCCUUUCCCUCCUUUCUAUAAAUACCUUAGAGCUGUCAGUUCACAUCACCAAUCCGAUUAGAGCUAGUCUUCCCCUCCCUGAAGCAGUUCCAGCACCAUCAACUUGAAUUCCUCUUAACCCCAGCCUGUUUCAUUCUCCAUUGAGAUAACCAGAUUCCUGGCCAAUUCCCAGCUCAUUUUGCUGUGGUACUCCACCCUAAAGCCCUUCUAUGUUUUGGGACACAAACAAUCGCUGAUAAAUAUAUACAACCCUAAAAACAUUAGCCUCUCAGCAGUGGGUGUGGAAUGCUUGUAUAUACUGCUGUCAUGGCCCAGAAGGAGAUGGAUCUCAGGAACAAGCAAGAAUGGGAACAUACACAGCUGCUUUGCGCCGGAUGAGGUUGCAAAUUCAUGGCGGGCAAGAUUUCUCUGAACUGCCCCUUGCCAAAGUAGCCAGCUCUCUGAGAUGGACAAGCAAUGAAGUCCUCCAGUUCUCCCUGCCUCAUACGGAGAUGCAACUUAGACUCUUGGGCUGUGGUGUGGUUCGGGGUUUUUUGCUGUGGAGAUGGUUGCUUUUGGUUUUUUGUAUCUUGAGAUUUAUGUGGAAUUUUUUCAGUUUGGUUAUGUAUUUUUAUGUUCGUUUUAUUGUUUACAACUACUUUAGUUAUGCAUUUUUUUUCAUGUAAGCUGCUGUGAGCAUGGUUUGAACCACAGAAAAGCAACAUACAAAUAAAAUUAUGUAGGGUUCCAUGGCCUAGGGGACUUCUGAUUUAAAGGCUGCCAGCAGAGCCAUGCAGGAGCAUAUCGUACCUUUACAGUUCCCCAAACAGUUAGUGACUGGAGUUUGUUUUCCACCCCAGUGCAGCUGGAACGUGGCUCUCUCGGAGCAUGUUUGUUCCAACUCCAUCAGUCUCAUUCCAGAUGGCUUUGUUUCAGCAGGUGCCAGGAGACCGCUGAACAAACAGAGGAGGACGAGGACGAGGAAGCGCUUUGAAAGAGAAAACCCUUGCUUCCCUACUUGUCCAAGCCUCACUAAUACCCAAAUUCUACCUACUUAUUGAGUUCUCCUCCCACUGCCUCUGCCCCUCAUUCCACAGUGUACUGCAUUGCUCUAUUCUCUCUCUCCAUCUCUGCACGCUAGGAUGGCAAGUUGUCAUCUAUCCGCACUUUUCAGUAUUCCUUGCCCUGCUUCUUUGGUUCCUUCUUGAUCAGAAGGAUCAUUAAAGCCCACCUUAGGGAGAGUUUCCACUUUCCCAAAGCACGACACAUAACCAGUUCCUCCUGUAUUUCUUUCCACAUAUUCAAGCCACUCCAGCCUUUCCUUCAUCCCUCUUUCUUCCCUUAGCCACCCCCUUCCCCAUCUUCUCAAGUUUUGUGUAUACAGUAAUUCUCUGGCCCCUCUCACUUCCACUGGCCUGUUGCAAUGCAGCCCAACCCUACCCUGCGGCUGCUACUUUCAGCCACACCUCCACCCAGCCCUUUGGCUUCAAUUCACAUCUGCAGAGUUUUAAUUUUCUUAAUGAAAAAUAGUGGAAUGAUUCUGUGCGAUGGGAAUAGAGCCAGAAUGUGUCCACAAGCAUGGAAAGCUGGACAGUGCACACUCUGAGGUAUUCAGCCAGCAAUGUAGUGACAGGGACAAAUGCAUAAAUAAUAGCUCCCAUCAUCCCUGUCUAACAGGACCAGUGGUCAGGGAUGAUGGGAACUGUAGUCUCAAAACACCUGGAGGGCCGAGUUUGCCUAUGUCUGAUCUGGACGAAUAUUCCAGUGGAAUUUUAUUUUAUUUGAUAAUUUUAAAGCUCUUUUUCACAAAGAGAAAUGUGCCAGACUGAGAUCCCCAGCGAUGCCUUUGGAGCAUCUCCCAGGUUAUAGAAGAUAACAAUGUCCUCUAUACUUGCACACAAUGUCCCCUUUCCUUGCACACAAUGUCCUCUAUACGCAUUGAAGCCACAGUUGGAAUUAUAUGGCCAGAAAUUUGCUUUUAAAAGUGGUAACCUUCCUGCUUUGGCCAUGGGGCUAUUUUUGAAAUACAGAUUCAGUAUGCUGAAGCAAAGCAAGGCUACAAAAAAUGGAAGGUUUGGAAUCACAGAUAGGCUAGUUGCUAAGCAUACAGUCCUGGCCUCCCCAGACACAGGAGACGUGAUCUGCAAGUACUUGGCAUAUGUGUGCAAUCAGGCCACCUGUAGGGAAAAAAAUAGAUCAUUACCUCCCAGUCCUAAACCUAUUUGCUAAGAAUUAAGUGCUUGUUUCUAUUAUUCUUAUGUUACAUCAACAUGAGUUGACUUUAAAUAGUCUCAGUCUGAGACUUUCCUUUUCACCUUAAAAAUUGGGUAUAUAUUAUUAUAUUAUAUUAUAUUAUAUUAUAUUAUAUUAUAUUAUCAUCUUUGGUGUUAUAGAAAUAGAAAAUACGUUAAAUAACAAAGUGGUAUAAACAAUUUUCAUUCUGAAAAGUUUUAUAACACAAACAUGGCUAUUUCUAUUUCUUCUUACCAGACAGAGAAUUUGAUUAGUACAAGAGGUAGUGUGUUCUCCAGUUGGUGAUAUAUGAAGAAGCUGACAUUUAAAUGUCACCCUAAGUUAACCUUUCUUAUUAGACACAGAGGGUAAUUCCACUUCUUGGGCCAAUAUCUUAGGCUCUGCAAACCCAUAUAGAUAACUACAAUGUUUGUUGCACUAGAGCAGCAGUAGCUAGCCUGUGGCCCUCUGAAAGUUGCUGCAUUCCAGUUCCCAAAACCCUUGAUCAUUGGUCAUGCUGGCUGGAGCUGAUGGGAGUUGGAGUCCAAUGGCAUCUGGAGAGCCUCUGCACUAGAGAGAGUCUCCCCUCUCACCAUUUCCCUCUAUGAUUUCUAAUCUCUCUGUACCCCUUUGUUUCUUCUCCAGGUAACAUCAUUGGAUCAGGGAUCUUUGUGUCACCAAAGGGUGUGUUGGAGAAUGCAGGCUCAGUAGGACUGGCACUCAUUGUGUGGAUUGUAACGGGUCUUAUCACAGCCGUGGGGGCUCUGUGCUAUGCAGAAUUGGGAGUCACCAUCCCCAAAUCUGGAGGCGACUAUUCCUAUGUCAAGGACAUUUUCGGGGGACUGGCUGGGUAAGUGAGGAAAGAAGAAAUAAGGAUGUAAGUAGGUGGCUGGGUAUGUGAUGGGGAAGUGGAGCAGGAUUAAAAGUAGGAGGGGAUGAGUUUUGAGGGGCAGAUUGUCUAACUGUUUCACACUUGGAAUAUUUCUCUCAAGGUUCCUGCGGUUAUGGAUUGCCGUCCUGGUGAUCUACCCCACCAACCAGGCUGUUAUUGCCCUCACUUUCUCAAACUACGUACUGCAGCCACUCUUCCCCACCUGCCUUCCCCCAGAAACUGGAUUGCGACUGCUCGCUGGGGUCUGCCUUUGUAAGUACUGAGCCCACUACCAUCCUUUAGCCAUGAAUAUUGGGCUGAUUCAGAUUGACUGAACUGGCAGUUUGUAAGUUCCUUGCAGGGAGGUUAAAUGACAUUGUGCCAAGACAAGAGUUAUCACACAGUUUCCAGUGCAUUUCCCCAUCACUUUCCUUACUGCAACCCCCUCCCCAAUCAAUUAUGAUUUAACAACCUGAAUUUGCUGGUAUGUGACUGAAUCACACCCCAAAAUAGUGACAUUCUGGAAGCACUUUUUAUCUACUCAAAGACCCUGGAGUUAUGUUACAGUUGAUCUAGCCAGCAGCAGAUUCUCCCUCAAGAGUUUCAAACCACGUGUUAUUCCUCAGAGGCAUGUAUAGCUAUGGCCAACUCACCAUUUCUACACAUUUAGUAAUUAUUCCAAUAUCCAGUGUGAUGUUGAAGCUAGGCUGCUAUACUUGGACCAGAAAGAUAUAAGUUUGCAUCUUUGUUUGGCCUACUAAAUUUACUGAGUGACCUUGGGCCAGUCCCUCUCUCACACCUAGUCUACUUUGCAAGGUUGCUGUAAGAAUAAAACAGGUUAACUCACAUCUGUGUAAGCCACUUUGAGGUCUUUGGAGUUGGAGUGGGUACAAAUGUGUGGAAUAAUGUGCAUUUGGCCUGCAUACCAAAAGAACAAAUUCUUUCACUCUUUUGUAAAGGUGUAUCACUGUUUGACCUGUGUUCUAGGUACUGUGAGCUAUAAAAUACAAAUAAUGACAACAAAUGUUCUUAAAAUAGGGUAAAGGUAAAGGUACCCCUGACCGUAUGGGCCAGUCGUGUCCGACUCUAGGGUUGUGCGCCCAUCUCACUUAAGAGGCCGGGGGCCAGCGCUGUCCGAAGACACUUCCGGGUCACAUGGCCAGUGUGACAAGCUGCAUCUGGCGAGCCAGCGCAGCACACGGAACACCGUUUACCUUCCCACUAGUAAGCGGUCCCUAUUUAUCUACUUGCACCCGGGGGUGCUUUCGAACUGCUAGGUUGGCAGGCGCUGGGACCGAGCAACGGGAGCUCACCCCGCCACGGGGAUUCGAACCGCCGACCUGACGAUCGGCAAGUCCUAGGCGCUGAGGUUUUACCCACAGCGUCUUUUGGUGUUCAUCUUGCAUCCUACUAAUCUGAAAUAGGGCUCCUUACCCACAGCUGUGUAAGCAGCAUUGGAAUUUCUCCUCCAAAUAAUUCUGGGAAAUAUAGUUUGCUAAGGGUGCUGGGACAUGUAGCUCUGUGAGGGGGUGCAUUGCUCAGGAUUCUUGGAGUGUGUGUGUGCUUUAAAUGUAUGGUGUGUAUGCAGCCUCACUCUAAAAGCAGCCCACAUGCAAUGAGUACAAGACAGGAGCAGAAAGGUUAGUAGGGUCAGAGUGAGGAACACAGGAAGUAGAAGGAAUGCCCAAAUGCCAGGAGAUUCUUUCCACCAAAGCUUUAAGCCAUUUCUGUCCGUCUGUCUACAGGCUCCCCCAACCUGUCCUGUCUUGGAUGUCUGCACAGUUGCCCCAAUCUGAAUCAGUGGGGAGUGGGCAGCUGUGUUCCCCAUGAACUCAAAGACAUUUAGGAGGGAUAAUUUUCACUGAGGUUACUUUAGGACAUCAGUUGCUGGAAAAAUCAGGCCUGAACUAGUUUUCUUCCUUUGUAGCUCCAAGGCAGGGGUGGGGGUGGGGAAAGACAAGCACCAGCCAGGGAGGGGAUUUGGCUGAGGCGCUUAUGCAAGCCAGCUGCAGCAGCUCAGCAAGAGUUUAUCCAUCGAGUUAAAGCCAGUUACUCAGCAGCUGAGUCAGCUAAAAAGGGAGAGAUUAUAUGUGCAUAUGAAAGAGAGGCAGGGAAGAAGAAAAAUCUAUGCCUCCAGACCUCAACAAUGAGGAGCUGCUUACUAAUGGGCCUUUUGGCCAAAUUUUGAAAUCGAAUACUGGAAUGCAAAGGCUGUGGAAUUAGUAAAGAACAACAACCAGACGAGAGGGAUUGGAAACAGAUAACAUUGGACUGUCAAUUACAGUUGAAGGAUUGAAGUCUUGUUUCUCUUCCAGCAUGCCUUUCAAGUGAAGAUUUUUAUCCCAGCCUUUAUCUAUAUUCGCCUAGAAAUUUCAUUUAUAUGUUGAUGUUAUUAUUGUUAAAUCACUUCAGGACGCUUUGUAUGGCGUGAUUCAUAAAUUCAAUCAAUCAAACAAACAAACAGGGAUAAUACUGGUGGUUCAGAAUAGCCAGUGGUAAAAUUUAGCAGGAAGACUGAUGAGAGGGCUAUGGCUGAUGAUUGGAGGUAAUUGUUGUGAGACUGGAAUUGGGCAGUGUCAGCAGAGCCUUGUGAAGCAAGACUUAAUCCGCUUUAUCUAGUGUACUAUGGUUUCUGUUUAGUAUCUCCAGUGCUAACUGACGUAAGCAAGCAGCCUAGAACAGGCCAGAAUGUUGUUUUCCUGUACCAGUCCCAGCUUGAUAGCCACAGACUGGCCUGGAUAAAUUUGUUGGUACUUUAAAGGAGGACACAGAGAUGCCAUGGAAGUGGCAUUACUGGUCUCUGACCUCUCUGAAUGAAGCACUGGAUCUAUUUUGAGGUCAGGAAAAGGGUGGCUGGUUUUGAUUAGCCCCUGGGACAGUGUGUGCUAAAAAAAUUAGCAACAGAUCUGAGCCACACCCUCUGGCUCUAGCAUCAGCUCUGAGAUUCUGUGUCUGAAAGGAUCCCAUGGAAUUGGAGACUCAAUGGCCUUAAUCCAGUCCUGCCAAGUGCCAGAGAUACUGAGAAACAAGGGAACUUCCAGGAGUUUUGACUCUGAGUUGGAACAUAAGGCAGUAACAUAUGUUCCAGUAAUAUUGUGAAGCCAGCUCUCCCGCCUCCCACCCCUGAAAUACUCAUUUGACGCUACUACUCCCCACACCAAACCACAACAUAUUUCCCCAUAGAAUCCUACACUCAGAUCCACCCAUUCAUCCUGGAGUUAUUCCUGGACUACUCCCAAGAUCCCUUUCCAAAACCUUAGGCAGCCCUAAUCUAUUAUUGGGAUCUUCAAACCAAAUCUAGCUCUUGAUCUCAGAUCCUCUUUUGGGGAUCUACAGAAACAGAUUGGGUCUCUGUGACCCAACUUUAUCCUGGAAAGGAGAUCAGACUCUCAUCCUCACUACCUUCACCCUCCAUUCAUAUGUAAUUGACCACAUAACUUCAAUUUCACUGCAAUCCCUCAUAUAUACAACCCCCCUUGAAGCUUAUGGAAUAUGUUCCUGAAGAAAUCAAGUUGUUUAAAGUACAUGUUCAAGGGCAAUAAAUGUGCACUACUUACCUCUUAACACAUGUCACUCUCUUGUUAAAUGCUCUGUUGCUUCUUCAGGGUGAUUAACAAACAGUAUAGUUUAAAGGCGGUCAUAUUGGUUUCCAACUUGUAUGCAGCGAAUGUACAUAACUAUGUAUAAUAGAAUCAUAGUUAGAAGGGUCCCCAAGGGCCAUCUAGUCUAACUCCCUGCAGUGCUGGGAUAUCAACUAAAGCUUCCAUGACAGAUGGCCAGCCAACCUCCACAUAAUCUCCUAUGUGGAGAAUCUCUCUGUUUUAUAGAUAAAUUUUAUGUGUUAAACAGCCUUAAAAUGCACACAUAAAUGCACACACCACUCUCCUCUCCCCAGCCCCAGACUGGUUUUCUGUUAAGCUGCCUCCAGGCUUCCUGUUUUGAGCCUUUUGGACUUGAACUGAUUGUGCAAAGGGAUGCAGAGUAAGCAGAGAAGUUUCCACUUCCUCUUGGUCUGUUGUGUUUUGGGGGUCCUGUUAACUCUCUCUUCCUUCUCUCCCACCCGCCAAAGAAAAAAGCAAUGAGAGGACAUUAGACAGAGCACGAAUGAGAUACAUUUUUACCUCUCACCAGCGGCGAAGCAAGCUGAUUGGGUGGCUGGGGCGGUGCACGUGCCCUGUGCCGGGGGGGGGGGUGGCUCUAAUAAGUCUGCCUGCCUCCUCCCACUCAGCUGAGGGGGAGAAAGCGGGCAGACCGUUUGGGGCAGCGGGGAGCCUGCGGGCGCCCAAGCCACCGCGUCACUCCCAGGAGAAAUGCGUGGCUCGGGCACACUGCAGGCCCCAUGGAGAGUGCCGUCCGCAUUUUGUCACACACCCCCCAGUGGUGACACUUUUCAUAUAAUGUAAACAGACUAUGUAUCUGGAGAACAGGUACCUCACUCCUCAGAGAUGUUUAAUUUUUUUUUCAAACUUUAAUGCCAACUUGUUAUGGAAUUGUCAAGUUAAAAAAGAGUUGACAUGAAAGAGAGCAUGUGUAUGUAUGUGACCCUAGACGUCAAGUUUCUUUUCUCCCUGCAUUGCAAACAAAGCAUUAAGCUCCUGUGCUAGGGUGCUUUUGCAUGUUUUGUAAAAGAACUGCUUCUUUGUGUAAACCAGAGAGUAAAUGUGGGCAUGCAGUUAUGCCUUGGUGGUGUUGCUGAGUCUGAGUAUUGAUAUGCUAUAUCAGGAGUGGCGAAUGGGAAAGCCAGUGGCCCUCCUGAUGCCAUUGGACUCCAACUCCUAUCAGCCCCUGCAGCAAGCAUGGCCAUUAGUCAGGGAUGCUGGGACCUGUAGUCCAGCAACAGCUGGAGGGCCCCAUAGUUAUCCAAAUAAUUCUUUAUUGCGACUGCAGCCUUUUAUAAGACCAUUUGUAUGUGUGAUAGCUUGCCUCUACAUUUUGAUUAUUGUUAAAGUUUUGUGCAUAUAUCGUGGGGAGUGUGGAAGUGUGAUGGAUUGUGUGAUGGAUUUGGGCAGGAUAAAUGGAAGGUCUGAUUUGUCACUCCUGUUUGCUGUGGUGGGUAGGUACUGGAAGGUUUAGGGGAGUAAGGGUUUCUACCUAUCUGUCUGCCUGUCUGUAAACCCUGUUUGUGUGGUGUUAGGUUACCAGGGGCCAGGGGCUGUUUGUGCUGACGGGAUGUUUUGAUGGAGUCAGGCUGGGUGCCAAAUAGGUCACCACCUCCCCCUCCCUCAUCUGUUUGUUUUUCAUUCCCUCAAACUUCCAGGAACAUUUAUAGGAACUGUGGUUUUUUCCUUCCCAUAUACUGCAGGGCACAGAUAUAACCCCAGAUUACAAUCCUGAGGGGUGGGUCAUGUACCUUGGUCCCCUUCAAAUAAUAAGGGACAGCCCAGGAAAUAGUAUCUGUGAUCACUUGUCCGCUGAUCAUAAAUUGUUUUUUUUUCUGAAUAGCUUCACCCUUAAACAGUUGUAGGAGCAGAAUAUAUUUGUACCAUUAUUAUGAGAGGUGGUGAUGAUAUAAGAGAUUUACAGAAUAUAACCCAGGCCAUAAUCACAAUUUCAGUCAAAAACCAAGGAAGGCUGUGGCUGCUCUGAACCAGAAAGCUGUCCUUGUUUGUCCCUGGAAAGUGCCAGUGCAGCAUCUGAAUUUGCCCCUAACGAAACACAUUGCUCCCAGCAUUAUCUUGUGUCCAACAGUCAUGAAACUGGCCUUGACUGAGAGAUUUAGGCCAGAAUAGGAAUGUUGACUGUCCCUUCCCCCACUGACUUUCCUGCUUCUCCACAGUACUGCUGACUUGGGUGAACUGUGCCAGCGUGCGUUGGGCCACACGUGUCCAGGAUAUCUUCACGGCAGGGAAACUGCUGGCGUUGGGACUUAUCAUUGUUAUGGGAGUCGUACAGAUCUGCAAAGGUGAGGCCCAGCCUGGUCAGACAAAGAAGGGGACAGGAGUCUCCCCAACACACUGUAUUUGCCUCCCCUCACCCACCUCACCCGCCCCACAUACACACACCAAGGAGAAUAAGCUGCAGGGUUUUAAAUUCAGGGUUAUCAACAUUCCUUAGUAAGCAGAUUUAGAGACUGGAUUGGCUUCCAUAGUUUCCUGCCCCAGUCUGUAUCAGAGAGGGGGAGAAUUAGCUGACCCAGGGAAAGGGAGGGAGAACAGCCCACCUGUUUUGUUUAAAGAACCCUUUUUGUAUUUCAAUAUCUCCUUUGUGCAGGUGAAUACUUCUGGCUGGAGCCGAAACAUGCUUUUGAGUUUUUCCAGACACCAGAUGUGGGAUUGGUGGCCCUAUCCUUCUUACAGGGCUCUUUUGCCUACGGGGGCUGGAACUUCCUCAACUAUGUCACUGAAGAGCUGGUUGACCCUUACAAGUGAGUCAGUGUCCCCCUUGGUGGUGAUACAGGGGAAUGAGACCCACGUUGACUUUUAUUCCUCUCUUCCACUCUACAGUCGUACCUUGGUUCUCCAACAGAAUGCAUUCUGGGAAUCCGUUCAACUCCUAGAACUGUUCAAAAAGCAAGACACUGCUCCCGAUUGGCUGCAGGAGCACCCUGCAGCCAAUCAGAAGCUGCAGAAGCCACACUGGAUGUUUGGCUUCCGAAAAUAGUUCGAAAACCGGAACACUCACUUCUGGGUUUCGAUCAUUCAGGAGCCGAUUUGUUUGGGAGCCAAGGCGUUUGAGAACCAAGGUACAACUGUAAUUGUUUUUCCUCACAGGAACCUGCCUCGAGCCAUCUUCAUCUCCAUUCCCCUGGUCACCUUCGUCUACGUCUUCGCCAAUGUGGCCUAUGUCACUGCCAUGUCGCCCCAGGAGUUGUUGGCCUCCAAUGCUGUCGCAGUGGUGAGGCCCCAUCUACACCAUUGUGCAAAUUCACCUUCCCCUUGUUUCCAAAUACAAUGCCCCUAACCACAUGCUCUCUUCCUGCUCCCUUCCUCACAGACAUUUGGAGAGAAACUGUUAGGAGUCAUGGCUUGGAUCAUGCCCAUCUCUGUUGCCCUUUCCACUUUUGGAGGAGUAAACGGAUCACUUUUCACUUCCUCUAGGUGAGUAAACAUGGGAGUACAUACCCCAAAAGCUGCAGCUCUGCUGGCACAACAGACUUUUGUGUGUGCAAUUAAGCUUCCUCUCCUGUCUCAUGCAGCACCCUUGUGCACCCUUAAAUUCAGCUCUGAAGGAUUGUGUACCCUCUGGAGCAGAUUUUGGUGGGCAUGGGAGGAGGAGAGGAACCACAAAUCCCAUUGCACCAGUGGACACAACCGACUGCCUUCAGCAGACCUUCAGUGAUGUAUUCUCAUUUACAGGUUCCAUCUGCUGAAAUCCUCGGCUAUCAAGUUCCAUUAUAGCAGCAGCUCCCCUUCCACACACAACUGCAUUGCUCACCCAUGUCUUCAUAGUGCUGCCUCUCUAAUUCAGCUCUACUUUAACACCUAUAUUAGGACUGGGGAACCAAGUUGGCCCUUCAUCCAUUUAAGCCUUCCCCAUUCUUUCUCGGGGUCUUUUCUUUAGUAAGUCCUGUUCACAGUGUGGAGCCGGCUUCCUUCCUCAGUGCUGAUCAAAGUAAGUAAAUAAUAUUGCAGCACACUGCUUGCAUUUAUGAUGUUCUCUCUCCAACAUUCACAGACUAUUUUUUGCUGGAGCCCGGGAAGGCCACCUGCCCAGCGUAUUGGCUAUGAUCCACGUGCGACGCUGCACUCCCAUACCUGCCCUACUUUUCACUGUGAGUCAUCAAAAAAAGAGUUGGGAGGGGGACAGUUGAUGCAUCAGUGAGUGAUGAGAAGAAAGUGUCUGCCAGUGCAGAGUUAGAAUUGCCAGUGACUGAAGAACUUGGCAGGGGCAUUUUCCUGGGAAUUAAUGGGAUUAGCCAGCAGGUGCUGUCAGUUUGGCAGACCAAGUGCCUUGGGCGAUUUCUCUGAAAACAAUAUAAUUGCAUUUUCUCUCUCCUUUUGUCUGUCUCUGGCAGUGCCUUUCAACAUUGCUUAUGCUAGUAACAAGUGAUAUAUAUACCCUGAUCAAUUAUGUGGGCUUCAUCAACUACCUGUUCUAUGGAGUGACUGUGGCUGGGCAAGUUGUGCUGCGCUGGCGGGAACCUCACCGACACCGUCCCAUCAAGGUAAGACGCUGGCCAUCACAUUUCUGCUGCUCUAUUUAUGUCAGCCCCUGUCACCUUCUCACACCAGUGUUGUCUUCCCUUGGAACCACACAGGAUGGAUUAAGCUGAAUCAGUGUCACAUCACUGAUUUAAAACACAUGGUUUUAAAUUUCCUGUUUCCAACUGAAUCAAACCUUUAUACCAGAACCUGUAGUCCUCCAGUUGUUGCUGAACAUUCCCAGUGUUCCUGGCCAUUGGCAUUGCUAGCUAGAGCUGAUGGGAGCUUCAGAUGCUCUUAAAGGGCCACAGGAUCCUAUAUGACCUAGGAACAUAAUCCAGAACCUCAGUGUUUCCUGAGUGAGGGCAAAGGCUGAGGGUCUGGGAGACACUGGAGCAGAGCAGACUACCACUUCUUGUUUCUGGAGCCCUCAGCAAAGAAUUUCCCCGUGGCACCACCGCUGCUAACAAAACUGGUGGGUGUCUUGGAGUGUGGGUCCACUUUUGGCCUAUUUUGACUAGCAGCAGCAGAUCCCCAUUGCUAGAACUGGAGGCUGAGCUUGGGACCUUCUGCAUGCAAGGCAUGUCGUCUAUCACUGGGCUAGGAUUCAUCCCACCUCUGCUAGCUUUGUUCUUGAUAAAGAAACCUCUGUUCUCCCAACCUUUUCCCUUGCAUCCCACUUCCUGAUGCUCCUGCCCAGAUCCAACCCAUCUCUUUCCUCCCCAGGUGAGCCUGUUCUUCCCCAUAAUCUACCUGCUGUUCUGGGCCUUCCUGUUGGUGUUCAGCUUAUGGUCAGAACCUGUGGUGUGUGGGAUUGGCCUAGCCAUCAUGCUGACAGGUGUCCCAGUCUACUACCUAGGUGUGCAUUGGCAGAACAAACCACCUGCCUUCCACACGUUUAUUGGUGAGUCAUGAGCAGAUAAUUCGGUGGGAAUUUUUUGAAAUUCCAUUUUGAAAAAUGACGCUGCGGGUUUUCUUCUCCUAUCUUAAAGCUCACCCGCUUACUCUUAUUUUCUUGCAGAGGUAGUGACUCGGCUAGGACAGAAGCUUUGUGUUGUUGUGUACCCUGAAAUGGAUGCAGGGAAACCUAAAACCAACCUCAGCAAAGAGACCAAAGAACAGCUGGAGCCAAUGUGUGGAACUGAAGACUCGAAGUAUCCUCAGAACUGAGCCUUCUUGGUGGCUGGGGGUAGAAGAAGCAGCCAGUGAUGGGCUGCGCAGUACCCUUUGGGGGCACUGAAGUAAAUGGGAGCUCCCUGCACAGCUAGAGCUCUCUUCUUGCUCCCAACAGCACCACACGCUGGGACUGGAAUAGCUGGGAAUGCCUCACUAGUGCCUCACCCAGUUUCCUGCACUAAACCCCUGCUGGGGCUGGAGUACCCACAUCCACCACUCCCCACCAACAGUGCCCCCUGCUGGAGCUGGAAAUGAUGGGAGCUCUCCGCACAGCCAACGACCCCACACCCACAUCCCCGGCGCACCCUGCUGGAAGGGGCUCCUUCGUUAUUGUUGCCUUAUAUUGUUGGGAAUAUUCUCUUUGGGUUUGAACCUCAUUUCGUGGGAGAGGGUCCUCUCCCAUGGUUUUUGUGCCCUUGUAUUUUUCACUUUUCUCUCUUUCUCUUUUUUUGAUGUAAUAAAUUAAGCUAAACUUGCCAUCCCUGUUGCCUUAAACGCUGGAUUCUAGGAUGUGUAAAAUACUGCUUUGUACACACCAUCCAUUCUGCUAACUCUUGCUUUCCCAGUGGAAUUAUUACACAGAGAUUGCUACCACCUUGACAAGUAUUGCGCUAUUUUGAUCGGGCAUGCCAGUCUUUCCACUCAAUGGAAUUUUGAAAGAUAAACCUCCAUUUCCAGAGC